AAUCACCUUCCUCUUUCCAGGCUGGGAGUUAAGGAGCAAAGAGGAGAAGAGACAAAACUGUCGCAGAACCAGGUGCAGGGCAGGGAGAGAAAGUACAGCUCUAGGCAGCAGGAUAUGGGUGCCUGUUAAGUAGCUGGCCACACCCUGGAAACCAGAAGCGCAGGAGGUGCUGGGGGCACGGAGGCACACUUCAUAGCUGAAAACCAUCUAAAGAUGACAAACCUAGGACUGGUCAAUGGCUAAGCAAUGGCUUCAUCUCUGCUGCUACAGGUGCAGAAAGAUGGUUUGCUUCUCCCUUCUGAAGGUGAUGAUGUUUGCGUUCAACGGCAUUAUAUUUCUGGGAGGCCUGGCUUUGCUGGGCAUCGGCAUCUGGGUGAAGGUAGAUGGCGGUUCCUUUGCGAAGGUCCUGGGAGCCGCAGCUCCACAGUUAAUGCAGCUGAUCAACGUGGGCUACCUGUUAAUUGCUGUUGGCACCUUCCUACUUCUCAUGGGCUUCAUGGGAUGCUGGGGGGCCGUGAAGGAAAGCAAAUGCCUGUUGCUUGUGUUCUUUGUGGUCAUACUGAUUCUCUUCAUAGCAGAAGUGGCCGGUGCUAUCGUGGUGCUGCUUUUCUCUUCUGUGGCAGAUAUAUUUGUUGAGCACUUGAAAAUUUGGGCCCUGAAGACUUUAAAAGAGGACUACGGCAAGCAAGAGGACAUCACAGGCAUUUGGGCAACAACAAUGAAAGAGCUGAAAUGCUGUGGAUUCAACAACUAUGCUGAUUUCAACAAUUCCUACUUCUAUCAAACACAUGCUGAGAAAUACCCCUCCUUUUGCUGCUCAGACAACAAAGAGUGCCAGGAAUCUGAAGUAGACCACGACAAACAGGGCUGCCUGAAUGAAUUCCAGGUGUUCCUGAGCCGCAAUGGGAAAAUUGUUGGAGGGGUGGCUCUAGCUAUUGGGGUCCUUGAGCUGGCUGCCCUGGCUGUCUCUUUGAUCCUGUACUGUCAGAUUGGUACAUACACCUGAAGCAAAAUUGGCUGCCUACAGCACAGCUCUGGCUCCAGCUCUCGGCUCCUGCACCAGCCGUGAAAGUGACAUCGCAAGCAUCCUUAUUUGAAGAGCAAAUGCGGCAAUCACUUUUACUGGAUCAAAAAGAGCGACGUGAUCCUCAUCCUCAUUCAUAAUUACUACCUACUAAUCCAUCACUAAUCAUUAAACCCUAGUUUAACAGUACUUGCUU